UCUUCCUGGUUGGUGUCCUGGGGCCAGAAGAGGUCUGAAGAAACAUGGAUGGGGCAACUCUGAGCCCAGCCCUGGGCUCUCAAAACCCACCCUGUGCUUUGCCUUCCUCCUCCCCCACCUCCUGUCAGCAUUGCAGCUCAAGGCUUGGUCCAAAGAGUCCAGGUUUCACGAGACUGAGGAACACAGAACAUGAGCUACCCAAAGCUCUUCCGAUUACGAUUCCGGCUGAGGGCAAGAGACAAAUGCAGUGCAGCAGACCAGGUUGAUGUAGCAAAGAUGGCUGAAGGAGUCCAGAAGAGGCUGGCCUGGAAUUUGGAGUUCAUGAGCAAGGAGCAGCUGAGGGAGUUCCUGCUGCGGCUGCCUGAUAAGGAUCUCUGCAAACACUCUCCUGGGGCUACCCCAGCUCAACCAGAGGAGGUGGGUGGCAUGGAGGUGGCCUCAUGCCUGGUGGCUCAAUACGGGGAGCAGCAGGCCUGGGACCUGGCCCAGCAGACCUGGGAGCAGAUGGGCCUGAGCCAGCUGUGUGUCGCAGCCCGGAAAGAGUCAGCUAUGAAGUCAGGAAUCAAAGAAAAAUACCAGAACCAAAGGCAAGAGAGUUCCUACCCCACACAGUCAUGGAGAAAUGAGUAUUUGCACCAAAAAUUCACACAACUGCUACUUCUACACAGAUCUCAGCCCAGAGGCUAUGACUCCCUGCUCAGGAGAAGAAGGUAUCAUGAGGUGGUAGAUGAACAAGGACAUUGGAUGGAGAUUGGAGACUUAUUUGGCCCAGGCGUGAGUACCCAGGAGGAGCCUCCCACUGUCGUGGUGCAUGGAGUUGCUGGAAUCGGGAAGUCAGCCCUGGCUAGGCACGUGAGGGGAGCCUGGGAGGAAGGCUGGCUGUUCAGGGUCCGCUUCAAGCAUGUCUUCUACUUCAACUGCAGAGAGCUGGCCCAGUCUGAGACAGUGAGUCUCGCUGAGCUCAUCACAAAAGACUGGGCUGCUCCUGAUGCUCCCAUUGGGCAGAUCCUAUCUCAGCCAGAGAAGUUACUCUUCAUUCUUGAUAACUUAGAUGAACCAAGAUGGGACUUGAAGGAGCAGAGUUCUGAGCUCUGUCCACACUGGAGCCAGCAGCAGCAGGUGCACACACUGCUGGGCAGUUUGCUGAAGAAAACCUUACUUCCCACGGCUUCCCUGCUGAUCACAGCUCGGAUCACAGCUCUGGGAAAACUCAUUCCUUCUUUAAAGCAUCCUCGCUGGGUGGAGGUCCUGGGAUUCUCCGAGUCGGCCAGGAAGGAUUAUUUCUACAAGUAUUUCACAGAUGAGAGCGAAGCGAUUAGACCCUUUACCUUGGUUGAUUCCAACCCGGCUCUCUUCACCAUGUGUCUCAUGCCCUUGGUGUCCUGGCUGGUCUGCACUUGCCUGAAGCAGCAGAUGGAGCAGGAGCAACCACUCUCACUGACCUCCCAGACGACCACAGCCCUCUGUCUCCACUACUUUUUCCAUGUUCUCCAGGCUCAGUCCCUUGGGACUAAGUUGAGAGGCUUCUGCUCUCUGGCUGCUGAAGGCACCUGUCAAGGAAAGACUCUGUUCAGCCCCGAGGACUUCAGGGAACACGGGUUAGAUGGGGCCAACAUCUCCACUCUCUUAAACAUGGGUGUUCUUCAAGAGCACCCCACCCCUCGGAGCUACAGCUUCAUUCACCGGUGCUUCCAGGAGUUCUUUGCAGCAAUGUCCUAUGCUUUAGGCGAUAGAGUGUUGAAAAGUAGUCGCUUUAGAAACAUCAAAAUUACAACAGACUUGACAGAUGUAUAUGACAGGCAUGACCUAUUUGGGGAACCAACCACAUGUUUCCUGUUUGGUCUUUUGAGUGAUCAGGGGAUGAGAGAGAUGGAGAGCAUCUUCAAAUGCAGCCUGUCACAGGAGACGCAUUCCUAUCUGCUGCAGUUGGCCCAGAAGGAAGUUGACUGCAAGCAUCCUAACCUAGAGCCAUAUUGUUGGCACUUGCUCCACUGUUUUUAUGAGACUCAAGACAAAAGGUUUCUGACAGAAACGAUGUCCAAAUUCUAUGGAAUGAGGAUAUGUGUCCAAACUCACAUGGAGCUCCUGGUGUCCACGUUCUGCUUUAAAUUCUGCCAUCUCAUGGAUACGCUUCAACUGAAUGACGGUGGAAAGAAAAAACUAGCUCAAAGGCCUUCAGGUGUAGUUCUGUACAGCUGGGGCCCGUUUACAGAUUCCUGGUGGCAGAUGUUCUUCUCUAUUUUCAAAGUCCCUGGACGCCUGCGGGAGCUGGACCUGAGUGGGAACUCUCUGAGCUGCUCUGCAGUACAGAGUCUUUGUGACGCCCUGAAAAGCCCUCACUGCCACCUGGAAACCUUGACUUUGGCCAACUGCGGCCUCACAGCAGAAGACUGCAGGGCCCUUGCCCGUGUUCUGAGCGACAACAGGCACCUGACAUAUCUGGAUCUGAGUUUCAACGAGCUCCUGGACACUGGAGCCCGGCACCUGUUCCAGGAGCUGAGACAUUCUCACUGCAAGCUGCGGCGGCUGCUGCUCGUCAGCUGUGGCCUCACAUCUGCCUGCUGCCAGGACCUGGUCUCCAUGCUCAGUAACAACAUCAUGCUGUUAGAGCUGGGCCUGCAGCAGAACGACCUGGGCGACCUCGGUGGGAGGCUGCUCUGUGAUGGGCUCAGGCAGUCUAACUGCCAAUUCAUCUUCCUGGGGCUGGAGCAGACUGGGCUGAGUGCAGAGGUGACAGAGAUGCUGAGGCAUCUGCAGCAGGAGAAGCCUCAGCUGGUCUUCAGUUAUGGGAAUCCAAAUCUGAUGAUCACUAAGGAAGACUCAGGGAAAGAACAGAUGGAUAAUGAGAUGGAUGAUGAAACAACUCCACUCAAAUGGCAGGAACCUGAAUCAGAGGAGAGCUAUGAUCAAGAAACAUGGGCUGACGAUUGGUCUUCUCCUGAAUAUCUGGGAGACAUGCCAGAGGAGUCUAUAGGGACAGAUGAUGAUUUCUGGGGCCCCACAGGGCCUGUGACUCCAGAGGUGGUGGACAAAGACAGAGGUUUGUACCGAGUUCACUUCCCUAUGGCUGGUUCCUACCACUGGCCCAACGUGGGUCUCCACUUUGUGGUCAGAGGGCCUGUGACCAUUGAGAUUGAAUUCUGUGCUUGGGACCAGUUCCUGGACCAGAUUGUCCCAAGGCACAGCUGGAUGGUUGCGGGGCCUCUUUUUGACAUCAAGGCUGAAGCAGGAGCUGUGAAGGCUGUGUACCUCCCUCACUUUAUAGCCCUCCAAGAGGAACAUGUGGACAUCUCAUGGUUCCACGUAGCCCACUUUAAAGAGGAUGGGAUACUUCUGGAGAAGCCAACCAGGGUGGAGCCACGUUAUACCGUCCUCGAGAACCCCAGCUUCUCCCCCAUGGGAGUUCUACUGAGAAAGAUCCACUCUUUCCUGAACAUUCCUGUCAUCUCCAAUGUGCUGCUCUACCAUCGCCUCCAUCCUGAGGAAGUCAACUUCCACCUCUACCUACUCCCCAGCGACUGCACCAUUGAGAAGGCCGUAGAUAAUGAAAAAAAGAAGUUCCAGUUUGUGCGAAUACACAAGCCACCCCCGCUGACUCCGCUCCGCAUAGGUUCCCGAUAUAUUGUGUCUGGUUCGCAGAAAAUGGAAAUAAUCCCUGAGGAACUGGAGCUCUGCUAUCGAAGCCCUGGGAUACCCCAGCUCUUCUCUGAGUUUUACGUUGGUCAUCUGGGGUCGGGGAUCCGGCUACAGAUUAAAAGCAAAAAUGAUGCGACUGUGGUAUGGGAGGCCUUGGUGAAAUCAGGAGACCUCAGACCUGCAGCUACUCUGGUCCCUCAAGCCCCAACAGCCUCACCUUCACCCCCCAAUGCUCCAGACUUGCUGCACUUUGUGGACCAACAUCGGGCCCAGCUGGUGGCUCGUGUGACAUCGGUGGAUGCAAUCCUAGACAAGCUGCAUGGACAGGUGCUGAGAGACGAGCAGUAUGAGAGGGUGCGGGCUGAGCCCACCAAUCCAGACAGGAUGAGGAAGCUGUUCAGCAUCAUCAAGUCCUGGGACUGGGCCUGCAAAGAUCAACUCUACCGAGCCCUGAAGGAGAUCCAUCCUCACCUAAUUGAGGAACUCGAGGAGAAGUGAUGCAGUGGAGGAGACCAGGGGAGCUAUUGACAAGCUCGGCAGCUGAAGUCUGAAUACCUGCUUCUGAGUCCUGGCUCUGACUGUCCAGGCAUUAGGUCUAAGUUUCUUCAUGUCUAAACACAUUGCCAUUGCUCAGCCUGAGUGGCUCAGUUGGCUGAGUGUUGUCCUGUUCACUGCAGGGUUGUUGGUUCGAAUUCUGGUCAGGGCACAUACCUGGGUUGCGGGUUCGAUUCCCGGGCAUGGCAUGUAUUGAAGGCAACCUAUAAUGUUGCUGAUAUUUCUCUCUCACAUCAAUGUUUCUCUCUCUCUCUCUCUUCCCCCCUCCCUCCC